AUGCACCCUGUAUCUCCAUGUAUGCAGUGUUGUCAUCGUCAUCUCCUGUGUGAUGGACAGCAGCCGCAAUGUGGAUCUUGCCAAGCAUCCAACAUAAUGUGUGAGAUGCCACAGCGCGGAAGCCGCGGAUCGAAGGAAGGGUAUUUGAAGGCACUGAGGAGCAGGUUAGCCCAUCUCGAAGGAAUGCUAGAGCGCCGAAUGAGGGAUCAAGAACAGGGUUUCCAGACAGUCGACGGUAGUGGCCGUGAGAUUGAUCAUGCAUCUCCUCCACAUCCCCCGGCUUCACAGGAUAUGGCGCCUCGUCAGUCUCUUGAUAGAGUCCCCGCGACCGAUGGAUCCGCACCAGAGACCAUUCCACAGAUGAUUCCACCAAUGGACCCUUGGCCGGACUUCAGCCAGUUUCCCCAACCGUCUCUUUCCUCGAUAAUCCCCACGAACUUCGGGAACGGCGUGAAUCUAGCGUCCCAUGUGCAAGCCGAAUUGAAUCAACUGUACUUUGACCGAGUUCACCCGUCCAUACCCCUGGUUCACCAGAGACGAUUCAUGUCCCGGACAAAAUCAGAUGGGACAAUGUCUUCAUCUAGAUGUCUACAGUAUGCCGUGUGGACUCUAUCCACCUUGUUCUCUGCUCAGUUUCGUGACUUGACCGAAACUAUUUAUCUUGAGGCUAAGCAGCUCUUAGGUGGCCUUAUAGCCUCUUUUGAGCGGGAUAGUUCUGGAGAUACUCAGCUUGUGCAAGCGUCAGUACUUGUAGCCAUCUGCGAGUCCAUCCGUGCCCACUAUCAGCAAGCAUGGAUGAGCGCCGGGCGUAGCUUCCGUUUGGUACAAGGCAUGCGUUUCCAUGAGAUCGACAAACCCCGGAUCGAUGGUUCAAUUUCAUCACAGCUAGACACCACAGAGACUGAAGAGAGACGCCGCACUUUCUGGGUGGCAUACUUGCUUGAUCAUUUAUUCAGUAUGCGCAACGAUUGGCCGAUAACGCUGAGCGAGCAUGUGGUAUGCACGCGAAUGCCAGCACCAGAGGAGGCUUUUCAAAGCGGUCAAAAUACUCUGGGGCCAUUUUUAUCUGAAGCAAUAGUAGCCCCUGGGCCUGCUGCUCCAUUCAAUGAGUGUCUUAUAUUGGCUACCAUUUGUGGACGCAGCCUCUUACAUUGCCAGCAACACAAAAUCUCGCUGGCCUAUGGUGGUCUCACCGUAGACUGGGCCGGUCAGAAUCAAUGGCUUGACGAAACACUUAAAUCGCGACUCAAAGCAUUCUCUGAAUCUUAUGGAUCUCCAACGACUAAGAUGGGCGGUCCAUUGUCUGAUUUUGUAGGUAUCCUUGGUCAGGCUACAGUAGCCUAUACGUGCAAGGGGAUAAUGGAAACGCUGUAUUCUGCCACUAAUUUGCAUACAUCUGAUAACGACAAAGAGGAAAUACAACUUAGAGCGUCGACCGCUAUUGCGGCUAUUAUCUCGCUACUUCAGCCCCUCCGCGAAAUCCAUUUUUCCAAGAUACAUCCACUUAUGCCUCUUGUCCUGUUCUUCUGUGCCGAAUUCUUAUAUAAUUAUAGAACAAGCCACGAGUCGUUUCGGGAGCGCAUACAGGGAUUGAUCGCUGCUUUGAGUGAGCUCCAGAACGUCAACGACCCUGAGCAGACCUACCUGGAUCUGCUACCGCGAUCAUGCAUUUCUUCCACUUCCGAGUGGCUGGAGCAGGGUACUUGUAGCAGUAAUGAUGGAUAA